AUGUUACAUAAAGGGCCGGAAGCAGGGCCCAAGACCACCAAUAGAAAGCUUGGGAGGAUUGAGCGUAAUCCUUUAAGAAGACUUUACUUUCAAAGAGUAUUUCGUAAUCGUAUAGAAUUGUUGCUUUCCGCACAGACCGUCGUGGGGCAAGUGUUGGCAAUCCUUGUCUUUGUACUAAGCAUCGGCUCUCUAAUAAUCUAUUUCAUCAAUUCAAGAGACCCUGUUCGAGAGUGUUCUUCACAUCGAGACAAAACCAUCCCUGUUGAUUUGAGUUUCAAUGUUUUCUUUACUUUUCAUUUUGGGUUGAGGUUUUGGGCAGCUGAAGACAAGGUCAAGUUCUGGCUGGAGAUGAAUUCAAUUGUAGACAUUUUUACUAUCCCACCAACCUUUAUUUCUUAUUAUUUGAAGACUAAUUGGCUAGGUUUAAGGUUUCUGAGAGCUCUGCGGUUGCUCGAACUCCCUAAAAUCCUACAGAUCCUCAAGAUCAUCAGGACCAGUAAUUCAGUGAAGCUUUCUAAACUCUUGUCAAUCGUUAUCAGUACCUGGUUCACAGCUGCAGGAUUCCUUCACCUGGUGGAAAAUUCUGGUGACCCCUGGCUCAAUGGCAGGAACUCACAGUCAAUGUCAUAUUUCGAGGCCAUUUAUCUGGUAACAGCAACAAUGUCAACUGUUGGCUUUGGGGAUAUUGUGGCCAAGACAGCCCUAGGACGGAUUUUCAUUGUUUUCUUCACCCUUGGAAGUUUGAUACUGUUUGCAAACUGCGUCCCAGAAAUGGUGGAGCUUUUUACCAGCAGGAAGAAGUACACCAAGCCCUAUGAAGCGGUCAAAGGAAAGAAGUUCAUCGUGGUCUGUGGAAACAUCACAGUUGACAGUGUGACUGCCUUUCUUAGGAAUUUUCUCCGCCAUAAGGCAGGAGAAAUCAAUAUGGAUAUUGUGUUCCUUGGAGAGGCUCCUCCGUCCUUGGAAUUGGAGACCUUACUGAAGUGCUCCUUGUCCUACACGACGUUUGUAUGUGGCUCCGCUCUGACAUUCGAGGACCUGAAGCGAGUUUCAAUGGAGUAUGCAGAAGCUUGCCUGAUUCUAGCCAACCCCUUGUGCAGUGACUUGCAGGCUGAAGACAAUUCAAACAUCAUGAGGGUGCUUUCUAUUAAGAACUACUCUUCCCAUACCAGAGUCAUCAUUGAGCUCCUUCAGUCCCACAACAAGGGUUUCCUGUCAAAAAUCCCCGGCUGGAACUGGAGUACUGGUGACAAUAUCAUCUGCUUUGCAGAGCUAAAGCUUGGAUUUAUAGCCCAAGGCUGCUUGGUGCCAGGCCUGUGCACCUUUCUGACCACUCUGUUUAUUGAGCAGAACCAAAAGGUUUUCCCUAAAUAUCCCUGGCAAAAAUAUUUCUUGAACAGCUUGAAGAACAAAAUUCUAACACAGCACCUCUCUAACGACUUUGUUGGGAUGACAUUUCCUGCGGUUUCCCGGCUUUGCUUUGUGAAGAUGCAGCUCAUGCUGAUAGCCAUCCAGCACAAGUCCCAAUUUCACAAUUGUUGUAGUCUCAUACUAAAUCCCUCUGCACAAGUGAAGCUGAGUAAGGACACCUUGGGGUUCUUUAUUGCUGAGUCCCCUCAAGCUGUCAAAAGGGCCUUCUUUUACUGCUCCACCUGUCACAAGGAUGUGUAUACUCCUGAGCUAAUUGGACAAUGUGAUUGCAAAAACAACCAGCAACAAGCCCGAGGGCCAGACAUCGUGGUGAUAAAAGGCAACAAUAAGAAACCCACUUGCAAUCCAGAAAAUCAGGAUUCUGUUUCAAGAGAACAGGAGAGCUUUCUUGCCAUUCUUGAGAAUAGGAAUGGGGUAUAUGACAACGUGGAGGACACUACCGAGCCGCUGGACAGCAAUGGGAUGUUUCACUGGUGCCAAUCAACACCCUUGGACAAGGUGAUUCUGAAACGGUCUGACAAGUCAAAACCUGUGUUUCGGAACCACAUUGUAGCAUGUGUGUUUGGAGAUGCCCAAUCAGCCCUCAUUGGGCUCCGGAACUUUGUGAUGCCCCUGAGAGCCAGCAACUACACCCGGCAAGAGCUAAAGGACAUUGUGUUUAUCGGGGCUCUGGAAUACUUCCAGAGAGAAUGGCGAUUUCUCCGGAACUUUCCCCAGAUAUACAUUUUUCCUGGAUCUGCACUGUACACUGGAGAUCUGCAUGCGGUCAGCAUAGAGCACUGUUCCAUGUGUGCGAUCUUAGCAUCCCCGUACAAGCCACUGAGCAGCCAGAUUCUGGUGGACACUGAGACUAUCACGGCCACCCUCAACAUCCAGUCCCUGCGGAUCAGCUGCCCUACCCCGAUACCUUCAGUGCCAGGAGCCAGUUCUGCAUCCAGCUUCAGUAAAUACCAGGAAAGAAGAUACCAGCAGAUCCCCAUUCUCACUGAACUGAAGAAUCCCUCCAACAUCCACUUGAUUGAGCAAAUGGGUGGAAUGAACGGGACACUCAAAGGAGCGAGGCUGCAUCUCAGCACUUCCUUCGCCAGGGGUACUGUCUUUUCAGACAACUUCUUGGAUUCUCUUCUGGCCACGGCCUUCUAUAACCAUCAUGUCCUGGAAUUACUUCAGAUGCUAGUGACAGGAGGUAUCAGCGCUCAGAUGGAACAGUGUUUGGUUCAGGACAAGUACUACGGGAUACAUGAAGACAGUGACACAAUCAUGUCUAGAAGGUCGCGGUGUAAGCUGGGGCUUCUUUCUUUAGAAAACACCAUUCUAUCAGACAUUGAGCCAAGGAAAACCUUUGGACAACUGUUCUGUGGCUCCUUAGAUAAUUACGGGAUCCUAUGUGUCGGCUUAUACCGUGUGAUGGAUGAAAAGAAACAGAACCUGGAACACAAAAGGGGAGUAUGCUGAUUUGAAAAGUACUAGAUACUUUUUAAGUAUGAGAACCAAGGCCACUUUGUCUCAUGAAAGCCAUGUCCAGAGCUUUAAACCAGGAGCAGGAUGUAGGGGCUAGAUAAUGGUGUAAGAAUAUGGAAGACUGUGGUCAGAAUCCCAUGAACAUUAACCUUGUAAGGAGACUACAG